AAUUGAUCCCUUCCUAGGAAGCACUUAAUUAUCUGAUAGAUCCGGCCGCCUCAGGGACUCAUCAACGCCUAUCGCCUCCCCAAAAAAACAGUCCCCUCCCGGCGCAACCACCGCCAUGGCAACACUACCACCCGCGACACCAUCACGGUCACAAACCUCCUCCGCCUCCGAGUCCAGCACACCGUCCUCCCACACCCAACUCUCCCAACCGCCACCAUCAACAACCCCACCGGCCGCCCCGCUCCCGCGCUUCCUCGAAAAUGACCCUGCCCGCACGGGCUACGACCCAUCGCUCAAGUGGUGGAUCAACUACUUCCGCAUCCUGACGGGGCAGGUGACGCGCGAGGGGAUCGAGCACUACCGGGAGGACCGGUACCGGGCGAACGAGGCGCGGGACUGCGCGCGGUGCGAGGCGCACCGCGACUACCUGUUCCGGUACUCGCCGGUGAUCCGGUUCCUGCGCGACAAGGUGGCCGCGCUGAACGGCACGCUGGACGCCUCCAACGUGGUGUGCCGCCGCUGCCCCGCCCGCGUCGCCGAGGACGGCCGCGUCGUCCGCCAGGGCGGCGGCUUCAGCCCCGACCACGGCAUCCUCAUCUGCGCCAACGAGAUGCGCGACCGCAGCCACCUCGAGGACACCCUGGCCCACGAGAUGGUGCACGCCUGGGACCACCUGCGGUGGAAGGUGGACUGGUCGGGGACGGGCAACUUGAGGCAUGCGGCCUGUACCGAGGUGCGUGGCUGAUAAACUUCUCUGGGGCAUGGCUCCGGUUGCGGACCUGUCUGGUUGCUGACUGCCGUUUGUGUGCCCA